UGUUGCCUUGUGCGAUGUGUUGCGUCCUCCUACUGUUUCCUUGUAGGUGAUUGCCGGUUUGGGCGAUGAUGUCACUUAGCGCACACGAGACGCUUGUAUUCAACCCGAUCAACCAGCCACCACUAUGGACAGACUUGUUAAAUGUCCACUACUUUUGUUAAUAGGGUUGUUAGAUUCAACAUACCAUCAAAUUCGAUGAGAAUACACCUCACAGAAGCUCACAGAGGAUCACAGUACGACCACUGCAGCAAGAUUCCGUAUGUUAAGUGCAUAGUGCUAGCAGCACAUGUGUCAUGGACAUCUUGUCUUCAUACCAAACCCUAUUCGAUUUCACGCUCAUUUUUUCUUCUACUGAACAAGAGCUUGCUAUAUUAUCUAAUAUCCACUCUGAUCAUCUCCAUUCAAGCCAUUCCUUUUACUCACUCAUUACUACCAGUUGUAGACAUGGGCAUCCAACUCGAAUGCAACGACCUCGACCAUUUCAGUGCAUGUUUAUACUCCCGGCAUAUCUCCACAUUCCGCACCCUUUGCCAAGCAUCCCUAACCAAUGGCUGUUUCGCACGACGGAAGGAUGCGUAGGAUGCGAUACCCGAAUACCAUCUUGAGCACGGAUGACAAGACACGCAAUGCUCAUUUACCAAGGUCAAGUGCGCGUCCGCACUAAGCUUACAGACUCCCUGAGGGCCUUAAAGCUUGGCAUGUAAGGCAUACGUAUG